UCUCGAUCGCUGCUCAUCUCUCUCGCCCAUCAUCCGUCUCUCUCAUCAUCAAUUCAGCACGUCGAAGCAAGUUAGCAAGUACGAUCAGCACACCCGCUAGCUAGCUAGUCGGUCGAUCAGCAAUGACGAUACGCCUCCCGGUGUCUAACGCUUGCCCGGCUGGGAUCUACGCUAGUCCGCAGCGCCAGCAGCGUGGCCACGCCUCGACGUCGACGACGUCCACCGCCGGCGCCGUUGCCGCGGUUGCCGCGCCACCUUCGACUUUCGCCCCCCAGACGACGCGGCUCUCGGCGCCGUCGACCAUCGCGGUGAACACCAGGCACGCGGCCCCGGUGGCUCCGGUCUUCGCGCCGGCGAGGAGAAAUGGUGACAAGACGACGCUGGCGAGCAUGUGGCGGGAGAUCCAGGGCGAAGGCGACUGGGCCGGCCUGGUGGAACCGCUGCACCCGCUCCUCCGCGCCGAGAUCGUUCGCUACGGCGAGCUCGUGGCGGCGACGUACAAGGCGUUCGACCUAGACGCCGGCUCCAAGCGGUACCUCAACUGUAAGUACGGCAAGGCGCGGAUGCUCGAGGAGGUCGGCAUGGCCGGCGCCGGGUACGCCGUCACGAGGUACAUUUACGCCGCGCCGGACGUCUCCCUCCCUGGCGUCGCGGGGGCUUGCCCGAGCCGGUGGGUUGGGUACGUGGCGGUGGCGUCGGACGAUACCGCGCGCCGGCUCGGCCGCCGGGACAUCGUCGUGUCGUUCCGGGGUACGGUGACAGGGUCGGAGUGGGUGGCCAACAUGAUGAGCUCGCUCGCGCCGGCGCGGUUCGACCCGGCGGAUCCUCGGCCGGACGUGAAGGUCGAGUCCGGAUUCCUGUCCGUGUACACAUCGGACGACGGCGCCGGCAGGUUUACCUGCGGCAGCUGCCGGAACCAGCUCCUCUCCGAGGUGACACGGCUCAUGAAACAAUAUAAGCACGAGGACGUGAGCAUCACGCUGGCCGGACACAGCAUGGGCAGCUCCCUCGCCCUCCUCCUUGGCUACGACCUCGCUGAGCUCGGCCUGAAUCGCGACGCAAGGGGCGACCAUGUGCCGAUCACCGUCUACUCCUUCGCCGGCCCAAGGGUUGGGAACAUGGGGUUCAAGAACCGGUGUGACGAGCUAGGAGUGAAGGUUCUGAGAGUGGUGAAUGUGAACGAUCCAAUCACAAAGCUGCCCGGCAUCUUCUUGAAUGAGAAAUCUAGAGUUUUGGGAGGCAGGUUAGAGCUUCCAUGGAGCUGUGCAUGCUACACACAUAUUGGCGUUGAGCUUGCCCUAGACUUCUUCAAGGCAAGAGACCCUGCGUGUGUGCAUGACUUGGAAGCUUACCUAGGCUUCCUCAAGUGCCUAAAGGUGGCAAAGGUUAAAAAACAAGGGGUGGAGCUGGCACGCAAAGCAAGAAAAUUCGAUCUACGACAAAGUUUUGAUGCUGCUUGGAGGUGGCAAAUGACUGCAAUUCAAGUUAGUGACUUGGUGCAAUCCCUAGGGAUUUAGAUUCAUAUACGGGGUCAGUUUCCAUUCCCAUGAUUUUUGAGGGAAAGGAAAUUAAGAUACCCCUGUAGAUUGACAUUUUUGUGUGGUAAAUAACACAAUGAAGAGUGCAGAUACUAGUCGGAAUAGUACAAGUUAACCGGAAAGACAAGAGAGACUAAUUAUACUGAGAUAUGUUUCUUGUUUAUUUCCUGAG